AAAAAAGAAAAAAAAAAGAAGUUAUAGGGCUAUUUAUGGAUAAAAGCGCACCGCGCGCACAGAAGAUCUCACUGUCCGACGUCGUUUAGUGCCUCUUCAAUUCCCGUUGAUUUUCCGCCGGAGCUUCGACGCCGGCAUCACUCUCUCCGGCUCCAUCCUCCGAUCCUGUCAUUUUAUCAACAAGGUAGCCUCUCCUUCACAUAUACCUCUGUCAGCUUGCUAUGGCAGCCAUUGACCGUUCACCGUCUUUGGAGAUUUUAGUUCGGGGACCAGAAGGGUUCUCGCUCUGGAACGGGCCCCCAUUCAGCAAUGGUGAACCUGGUAUCAAGAUUGAAAAGGUUCCUUGCUCGAACGUGAAUUUCAGUGAAGAUGGAUCCAAACUCAUGGUGUUGAAGCCUGACUCUGUGAUUAGCAUAAAUGAUUGCAGCAGCUACAAAGAAAUCAGAUCUUUUCAAAUCCCCAAUUUAUCUGCAGCCACCUUGUCUCCAUGUGGGACCUUUCUUCAGACCUUUCAGAAGGCCUCAACACCACAGGAAAAAAAUGUGAUCUUAUGGAAUACGGAGACUGGGGAUCCUGUUUAUCAUCAAUUUCAAAAGAACAUGACAAAAGCCACAUGGCCCUCAAUUCGAUUUAGCUCUGAUGAAGUUGUUGCUUGUCGGUUGGCAACUAAUGAGAUCCAAUUCUUUGAUGCUCAUGAUUUCUCCAAGGGAGUUGUCCAUCGGAUAAGAGUUCCUGGUCUGGCUGCAAUUGAGCUUUCUAAGACACCUGGGUCCCAUGUGGCAGCAUUUGUUCCAGAAUCUAAGGGGGUUCCGGGUAGUAUCCAGAUAUUUUCUUGCGGAAAAGAUUCAGAGAGUCAACCUAUUGCUCGUCGGAGUUUUUUUCGAUGUUCAACUGUUCAAUUGAAUUGGAACCGUGGCUCGACUGGGCUUCUUGCUGUUGUGCAAUCUGAUGUUGAUAAAACCAACCAAAGUUACUAUGGAGAAUCAAAGCUAAACUACUUGACAACAGACGGCACCUAUGAAGGAGUUGUAUCUCUUCGUAAAGAGGGGCCUGUUCAUGAUGUUCAGUGGUCUUAUUCUGGUUCAGAAUUUGCUGUUGUUUAUGGAUUUAUGCCUGCUAAGGCAACUGUGUUUGACAAGAAGUGUAAUCCUCUACUUGAGCUCGGAACAGGACCUUACAAUACUAUCCGGUGGAACCCAAAAGGGAAAUUUCUAUGUUUGGCAGGUUUUGGUAACUUACCUGGUGACAUGGCAUUUUGGGACUAUAAAGAGAAAAAGCAGCUUGGAACAACUAAGGCUGAAUGGUCUGUGACAAGUGAAUGGUCCCCAGAUGGACGCUAUUUCAUGACUGCAACUACAGCUCCAAGACUACAAGUUGACAAUGGGAUUAAAAUUUUCCACCACAAUGGAUCUCUAUACUUCAAGAAGAUGUUUGACAAGUUGUAUCAGGUUGAUUGGAAACCAGAGUCACCUGAAAGGUUUGCUGAAAUUGUUGAUCUCAUCAAGUCUAUUGACUCUCUAAAGGUUGAAGAAAAAAAAUCACAAGGACAAGGGUCAAAAUCUUCCCAGGCUUCCACAAAAACCACCUCCACUAACCCUCCUGCACAGAAGCCUGCUGCAUAUCGGCCACCACAUGCUAAGAAUUCUGCUGCCAUUCAGGCAGAGCUGUUUGGAGAGGCUCCUAAAGAAGCAAUGAGCAAGAAUGCACUGCGAAACAAGAAAAAAAGGGAGAAACAAAAGGAGAAAAAGGCUACUGAGGAUGCUGGGGGUUCAUGAUUGAAUGCGGGAGUGUUGUUAAAUGGCUCCUGAAUCCAUUAUAUACGAUUGAUGCACCUGAACAUGGACUUUGAGGCUCCUGUGUGAAUCUCCCUGCAGUUGAUCCUUGAACAGGUCUAAGCGUAUACUGGUUCUUGUGCGAGAUUUUUGCUUGCAUUUUCCCAAACAAUUUUGAGGCGGUCAAAGUAUUUUAACAUUAAGAGUGUAACUUUGUUUAUGAUGCUACUAUCAUGCUUUGUAAGUUUUAAUUGGAAAUAGGAUGAUAAAAGGGAAAGGGGGGUGGGGGGACAAGGGAGUGCCCCCGUUUUGGAAGAUGUGGAACAUUAGACCAUAGAUAAUGGAUGUAGUUCUUUUGGUAAUAGCAAAGUCGAUAUUUAAUGUUUUUUU